CCUUGAACCUGGUAUUGCAGCGAUGAUGAGUAAAACAGUAAUCUGAUAUCUUGUCGAGUCUACGAUGACCGAAUGAGUCACAGUCUGGCGAGGUACUUCACAAUGAUAGAACCUGCAACACAAAGGAGGAAUCAAACACCAAGUAUAUCUCCUGGCCAAAGUCGGAGAAGCUUGUACGGAUAAAGGAGGACCUUGGUUCAGGUUGCGUACUGAGAAAGUUAUAAGGGACGUCUUGAUCGCGCCCCUCAGGCUCCUUAUCAUACCCAAUCACCCUCAGGUAACCCCCUGACAAGCUCACCAGUCCUAAGACAUCACAACGUCCUCACGUAGUUACGCAACCUACUCAUCAUGCCGUUGCCGUUCUACAAACCUGCUCCUGCGCCUUCAGGCGUUUUCAAGGGGGAAACCUUCCCUCAAGACACAGCCAACCCACUCUCAAGACUCUUCUUUCACUGGAUCACGCCUCUGAUGAAAGUAGGCUAUUCCCGACCUCUCCAAGCCGAAGACCUCUGGACACUCCCCGAGAGCAUGUCAAGCCGUACAAUGGCUGACCGUCUGGAGCUGGAGUGGAUGAAGCGAAUCCCACCGUCACUCCGACCCGAGAAAUAUCAGACCAAAGCCCUCAAUGAGAAUGAAAAGGCAGCCGACCAGAGUUCUGAUCGUCUCGCAGUGGAGGUGCCCAAAACACCAAGACUUCCCGCGCAAGACUCAUUCGAAGACAACACGCAGACAUAUGGCAAGCGCAAGGCAAAGCAUAUCGCAUCGGGCAAAUGGGCUGUUGAGUCAGGCAAGAUAUACAACAUGUCGUUUCCCAAAGCUGUGUAUGCUACAGACAUGCGAUCAAUCAUCAUCUCAUCCAUCCUGGUCAUCUGUGCAGCUGCGCUGACAGUUGCGUCCCCACUUGUGACCCGUAUCUUGAUCCGACAGAUCGUACUCGCUCAUGACUAUCACCAGGACGUUGAAGCUGGACGUCAACCGCCAGGACAAAAUCCUUCAAAGCCGAUCGGGUAUGGUAUCGGUGUGGCUGCUGGACUGUUCGCAAUGCUUUACUCGAGCGCCGUCUUCGAAGCUCAAGGGAUGCAACGGUCAUACAUGCUCGGCUCUCUGCUUAGAUCUGGGGCUAUCGACUUAAUCUCUCGGAAGUCGAUGCGGCUGUCAGGCAAAUCGAGACUUACGAUGACAAACGGGAAAAUCAACAAUCUGGUCGCCGCUGAUGCCAGCUUCCUGGAAUGGACAUUCGUACACGCUACUAGGUGUCCGGGAUUCGUCCUACAGAUCAUCAUCGGGAUCGCCUUGUUGGUCUGGUUCCUCGGCUAUUCCGCAUUGGUCGGGCUGGGCCUCCUCAUAGGUACUUCUCCUUUGCAAGGCGUUCUCUUCACUCGUCUCUUGAGGCUGCGAACAGAGCAGCAGGAUAUCGUCGAUGACCGGAUCAGACUAUUGACGGAAAUCAUCAAUAACAUGCGAGCCGUCAAACAAUAUGCCUAUGAAGAUGUAUUCGCAGCUCGAGUCAUGGCACUCAGGGAAAUGGAGCUGAACAAGAUCCGAAGCUAUACUUUCGUACGAGCGAAUGUCAAUGCUACAUUCUUCUUCAUGCCCGUCCUCGCUGCGAUUCUCACAUUUGUUACGUACAGCCUAACUGGUCAUGAGCUCGAUGCAGCAACCAUUUUUUCCUCCCUUCAGCUAUACAACAUCAUCAGUGACCCCGUUCAGCAAUUACCCAUGGUGCUGUCCAAUUUCAUGGAUGGAUUGGCUGCAAUGCGACGGAUCGGGGAUCUUUUCAAGUCAGAUGAGCUCCGAGAGCGACUCGUCAUCGAUGGGACUGCCUCAAUGGCAGUCAGUAUCUCAGGGGACUUUCAGUUCGACAGUGCAGCGCCUCCUGAUCAGGCAAAGCGCAGCGACUCGACCACAACCACUGAUAAGGAUAAGCCAUGUCGGGAGGGGACACCUGACGCGGAGAAGGAAUCUGAUGCAGACAGGCAACCCUUCGCCCUUCGAGACUUGGACCUCUCGAUUCCACAUGGCGCCUUGGUCUGUGUGAUUGGUCGCGUAGGCACUGGCAAGACCUCGCUUCUUUUGGCUAUGAUCAAUGAAUUGCGUCAGCUCCACGGAGAGAUUGUUUUUGGCGGACCAGUCAGCUAUGUGCCACAACAUGCCUGGGUCCAGUCUGGAACGAUCCGCGAGAAUAUAACCUUUGGUAAACCUGAGAAGCCGGAUCUCUCGAGAGUAAACGAGGUGAUCGAUGCCUGCGCCCUUCGACCUGACGUAGAGAUGUGGCACGAUGGCGAUCUGACCAAGGUUGGGGAGCGAGGUAUCACUCUUUCCGGAGGUCAGCGUCAGCGGAUCUGUAUCGCUCGGGCUGCGUACGAAGACAGUGCGGUUGUUCUUCUGGACGAUCCGCUUUCUGCGGUUGACGCCCAUGUCGGGCAUCAUCUGGUAGAGCACUGUCUUCUUACAGGGCCAUUUGCGAACCGGACUCGUUUCCUGGUCACUCAUCAGCUGGACGUACUUCCACAUGCCGACAUAAUCCUAGUCAUGGACAGAGAUGACGACAACGAAGGCCGCAUCGUACAGCAAGGAAGUUAUUACGAUCUUAUGGGACAGGAGGGCAUUUUUCGCACGCUCAUCGACGAUUUUGGAACUGUCAAGUCUGAAAGUAGCGGCUCCUCCUCAGAAUCUGGAGAGGACAACGAAGCCAAGGAUAAGGCUUCCGAUGGCAAGUCAGCUGCAAAUCAUAUCCCAGCAAGAACCACAGCGGCUGCUGGCGGUGGUGGUGGUCACAUCAUCGUCGAUGAAGAGCGUCUCACUGGAUCAGUCUCAGGAGCAGUGUACAAGCGGUAUCUAGCUUCUGUGAAUUCUUGGAGGCACAUUUUUGUGGCGGCGUUCUUUUUGAUCGCAACACAGAUUGCGAAUGUCGGAAACUCUCUCUUCUUGGGUUACUGGUCUGCGGGCUCUAUCCCUGGUUUCUCGCAGGGUCAGUACAUGGGCAUUUACGCUGGGUUCGGCGCUGCCUAUGCUCUCUGUAUCUGGGGAAGCAUUUUUAGCAUGAUUGUCGCUGGUGUUCGAGCAGGCUUCGGAAUGUUCAACGAAGCAUUCUACAAAGUCAUGAGAUCUCCGACCGCAUGGCAUGAUAAGACGCCUACUGGUCGAAUCAUCAGUCGUUUGUCGAAAGAUAUCCGGAUGUUAGACGACAAGCUUGCGCAAUACUUUCAGCAACUCCUGUCCAAUGUCUUGGCUCUCUUUGGGACAUUCGCUCUGGUCGUCUACGCCUAUCCCUGGUUGGGACUUGCAUUUAUUCCCCUCCUCUUCUAUUUUUAUAUCUCAGCAACCUACUACCGACAGACAUCCAGAGAAGUCAAGCGAGUCGACAGCAACCUUCGAUCCCACGUCUACUCAUCAUUCGCAGAGCAAGUGAGCGUGCCGUUGAUAGAUGACAACAGACGCUGGAUGAUCAUUUUCAAGCUCGCUGGGCUGGCAGUCAUCCGAGCAUUCAAUCAGCAGCUCAACUUCCAGAAGAAAGUUCAGGAUUCGGUCGAUGAUCAGAAUCGCGCAUACGUGUUGACUAUCACGACUCAGCGCUGGCUGUACCUGCGUAUCGAACUCGUGGCAGAUCUCUUGGUAAUGCUUAUCGCAAUGUUCGGUGUCAUCUUCCGAGAGUCCGUCAACGCCGCAAGGUUCGGAGUGGUACUCACUUACACCUUGGCGGCGACAUAUACAAUGACAAGUCUGGUUCCCGUCUUCGCAGUCUGCGAACAGGAAAUGAACGACGUGGAACGAAUCCAGCAUUACAUGGAUUUGGAGACUGAGGCAGAGGCAAAGAAACCGACCGACCCGACUGAAGAACAGUGGCCCACGAAAGGCGAAGUCAAUUUUGCCAACGUUCAACUCAAGUACCGGGAUGAUCUACCUCUGGUACUCAAAGGACUGUCCUUCACCAUCAGAUCCGGCGAGAAAGUUGGGAUCAUUGGUCGCACUGGAGCCGGCAAAAGUUCGAUCGCCCAAGCGCUCUUCAGGACUGUGGAGAUAUCUGACGGUGUGAUUUCCGUUGACGGAGUCGAUCUCAGUGGUCUGGGAAUUGACACCCUUCGAAAUGGUAUUGCGAUUAUCCCUCAGGAUGCUUUCCUGUUCGCCGGAACAGUUCGGGACAACAUGGACCCCAAGGGGCUCCGCUCCGAUGCUGAGCUGAAUGAUUCCCUCAAUCUCAUUCAGAAUAGCGCAGGUGCAUCUCACAGCUUGCGCGACAAGUUCAGAUUGGAUGCACCAGUCAUGGCAGAGGGUUACAACUUUUCUGCCGGAGAAAAGCAGCUCCUCGCGUUGAUGAGAGCGUUGGCUAAAGGAUGUAGAGUCCUCCUGCUGGAUGAAGCUACCUCCUCGGUCGACCCCGAGACGGACGCACUGAUCCAAAAGAUCAUCCAAACGGAGUUCUCACAUGUGACACUCAUCUCGAUCGCGCACCGUCUUCAAACGGUCGCUUUCUACGAUCGUAUCCUCGUCAUGGAUGCUGGUGAAAUUGCAGAGUUUGACACGCCUCUUGCAUUAUUCGACGACUCGAACUCCAUCUUCAGGACCAUGUGCGAGAAGAAGAGUAUCACUCGGCAAGAUCUACUGCGCAUUCAAGCGGAUGCCGAAGCAGCCAUGACAGCGCACAAGACACAACACGGAGCUUCUACUAUUGCGACAGCCUAGACAGCAUCGCGCUUUUUGGCAAGCAUGCGGUUUACAAAGCAUACUGUAACAUGUUUAUAUUGUAUAAUUAGUUGCAUCGGUGUCACACUCGAU